AUGAGCGCUCACCCUUUAGAGUGUCAGGCGCUGGAGCUCUCGAGUGCGGAGAAAUGCCGCAAUGAAGCUACUCAUGCGGAAGGGCUGUUUUGUUGGUUUCACUCCAAGCAGGUCUACGGCCUCUAUCUCGGCUACAAACGACGCAAUGCCCGGCUGGACGCGCUGGAAGAUGAAGCGCCCGGCUAUUUGAAAAGCUCGAAUGUCCCUCUUGGAAAUCAGACAUUCCAAGACCUGGUUGACGAAAAGGCACUGCAAGAGAUUCACGCGCAUCUUUUUGAAAAGUACAACCUCAUAGGGAGAGUUAUUGACGCUCGGAAGCUUCAUCAUAAGCACUUCUAUUCCCUAGAUUUCGACUAUGGACACCAAGCAUACAUUGGCAAGCUCAGUAACCAACGGCACAUCACCCUGCGAGCCUUGGAGAACCUUGGUAAACGGAUUUCGGAGUUGCUCUAUGAAAAAGAGCAGUGGUUCACAUGGGCUCGUCAGGCCCAGGAUGCGGAGGAAGCAAACCGCGAUAAAAUGCAGAAGAAGAUCAUACAGGAAGCUGCUCUGUUCAAACGUCACUGGGCCGUGGUACAGGCCAGGUUAAAGAGCAAGCGUCAGAAGGAGGAGGAGAAGCGGCAUGAAGCGUACCUCGAGGCAGCUUAUCAAGAGAGAAUGGCGAUGGGCUUGGCAGAAGAGUAUGGAGAUGAGGAGUGGGAUCCGAUUGAAGACCAAAAUUCGGACAAGCGCUACCAGUAUGUUGAUUUGAUAAUGCACUUCCUUUGGAUGGAAGUACUGGAGCAGGACCCAACUAUAUCUCACAUCGAGCCUGUCGCCACCGGAAACCUUGACGAUUCUGCCCCUGCCAACGAGACCUCGACCCCUGCUAAGAAGCCGAAGACAAAGGGCAAGAAAGGUGACGCCUCAAAGGCUGUGUUGGAGUCCAAAAGUCCCCAAAAAGUCCGUAGAGCAGAGAGUGGCCAGAAGACGCUACUUGCCAUGCAAGCACGUGGUCCGGUUGUCACUGACGAAAAACAACGCGAACCGGAUAAAAGCAGCAUUGAGACAGAGGUGGACAUGAGGAAGCGUCUGAAAGAAGGGGUGGAGAAAGACCACUCCAAAACCUGGGGCACCCAGUUGAUUGGCUCUUUUGAUAAUCCCUCCGAGACAUAUGAGAAGACGGCCCCGAUGAGCGAUGAAGACAUCGAUGCUGCCGUCAAGGAAGUAAAGGAGGUUAAGCUAUUGUUAUUUUGUCGCCUUGUCCUUGCGCACGCCUCGCUAUUGCCUGCUGCCCUACGAGCUAGUAACGUGGAAGAGUUCUUGCAAGAUGCUGAAAUCACGCAUUCCGAUUUGCGAGAUCUCUGCUUGAAGGUUGAGGCUCCGACUAUGCAGAACAUCCGAGACGCAUGUGCUGAUUUCGCCCGCGGAGAUGAUCCUGAAGAUGACACAGAUGAACCUAUCGAUGAAGAGGAAAUAGAGAACUUGCGGGAUUUGGUCACCGCAGAACGGCGCUACCAACACUUGCAAAGCAAGAGCUGGGUCUUGGAGCAUAUCCUGGAUGGCCAGAGCCGUGCUGCUGAAAAUGAGAAGAGCAAGAGCAAGAAGAAGAGGGACAAGAAGAAGAGCAAGAAGACCAAGAAUACGACAGACGAGAAAACGAAGAUCACCAUCUGCGGCAAAACAAUCUGGAAUCAUGCCAGCGAGAAGGCAAUGUCGAGAGACGGCUGGUUCCAGUUUUCCAUCAUGGCCAAGGACUGUGACCUCAAACACGCGAUCCCACUUUGCCGGAACUGGAGCGAGUUCUCUGAGCUGAAUCAUCUUUCACUUUGGCAAUUCUUCCCUGUGUCAAACUGGACGUCCUGGACCCCUAACCAUAUGGUUGAUCAACUCCAGAAGCUCGAGUUCUUCCCAUAUCUCAUCGACCAGUGUGCGGAACUGUACAGUCGCUACAGCCAAGCCAGUGGUAGAGGCAAGGCAAGACGCCAUCACGAUAUGGUCGAGGCAAAGAACAUCAUUGUUGGCCAUAUGAAGCGCAACGACCCAGUAACCCGUCGAUUUCUCCAGUACAUGGUCAUGAGGGCUGGAGAGGUUAUGGUUUUAGUGCGGGAUGGCAAGACUGGUCGUGUGAUGACAGCACCUCCCGAAGAACACCUCUGGACAUACCGCCAAAAGUCGGGAAUAGGAAGGGCCUCAAAGAACGAAUGGGUCAACGUGCUCGAGGUCGGACCAAAAUUCUUCGCCUCGAGUGACAAGUUACGAGACUGGCGCUUUGCGUUUGAUGACUACUACGAGGUGUACAUGUGGGACUUUGCUCCUUGCCAGCCUGCGAGCUCGCUAUCUAACGUGAUAAUUUCUGAACUCCGAAAUGCGUGGCGCGUAACCAACCCACGCGAACUCUUUUCGCACAUGGAGCCGCUGAUGCGUUCUCUGACACGGGAGGAGACCACCAUGCGGACCCGCAGGGUAAAGCCAGGUGAAGAUGUCCAGAGCCUCUGGGACACGGUCAACAGCGAGACAGCCGAAUACUCCAUGGUUGAGCUCACUGGUAACGAACCCGUCAGCUUAAAGGGCGCCGACCUCGCGAAGCGCUCGGAUCUUUUCUAUAACGAGGGCAACGCUCUUGAAGACGCAGUCCUGUUUCCGGAUGAACUGGAGUCGAACAACAAAAAAGUACCAUUCCGGGAGAUGAAUACCCCCAUUGAUCGUAUACAGACAGCAUUUAUGAAACCUAAGUUGCGUGGCUGGGAAAAGAUCAUGAACGGCCCUGCCAAGGACUUUGCGAGCACAAUCUUAAAUGCCCAGGAUGGUGACAAAUUUGAAAAAUGGGUUUGGGAGAUGCCUAAGAUUUGGGAGAGUGGCCUGGACGCGCUUCGCCUAACGGAAUACUCUAACGAACUGGAAGAAAUCCUUAUGCGUACUCGGGUCACCGAGGUAGAGAAUCUAGACGUCCAUGGGCAUUAUCAAAGUUCCAGCUACAUGGACGUGGAGGAGCGAGAACGAUCUAUCGCUGAUGAGCGCUUGCCCGACAAAUCUCUGGACCUGUGGCCACAUGCAUUUGUUGUCAACGACAUAGUGCGGGCCUUUGCGACGAUGGCGAUGUUCUUCCCUGAGCUCGAUGUCACUGCUCCCGUCACCAAGUUCAUCCAAUCGGGCCCGUGUGAGAGCUUUAGGAACUCGCUGCUAUUCGACCCAUGGCGGAGAGGAGAGGCACAACCGGACCGCAGAGGCCGGGCAAGUUACAAGCUCCGUGAUUCCGAGUUUUGGGAUGAGUGGGACAAAGUCUGGACUGCAGGGGGUUACUAUGCGGAACAUGUCCCCCUGGAAUGGAACAUUGCACUCCGCCCUAUCAUCGCCAAACUAUACCGAGCGGGCAUCAUUGAACAAUGGUAUGCUCAGAACAACCGUGAAAUCAUUCUAGGCGUUGCCACGGCCAACACCGAGCCACACCGGCCAGGUAAGCUGGACCUGUUCAUCAACUACCACAAUGAUUAUUCGUACUUCACUCCCCGCUUGCCGCCCGGGUAUAUCCACCCCGACACAUGGCCAGCGCUGCUUCCACUCGCCCGGAAGUUCGCUAGGGAGCACGAGGGCGCUCGGUUCGCGCUCCUCCGUCUCUGGUCCGCACCGCAUUUCUACCCCAUACUGGUCGGGCUGGAACAGCGGCGGUAUACCAGUUUUCUUGAUGGCGUCGGCCGCACAUGGGAGUUCAGAUUUAUGCCCAAGGACGCACUUGCCAGCGAGUUUAUGGCACACAGAGUCGUCGAAAUGAUAUUGAAGCUCAUGCGCAGACAGGUCGGCGAUCGGGUUGCGCAUCGGGGGGACUUGGUUUUGGUGAUGGCGGAAGAUCCUAAGCAGCUCCUCAAGUAUGCUACCGGGGUUACAUUUGCGCUGGAGACUAAAUCUUGGCUGAGGGAAGUUGAUGUGUGGAAGAGCUUUAUAAAUGUUGAUUUGGAUGUACUUGAGGGCUUGGAUCCUUACUGGUGGGAUUGA